CAGAUCUUUACUGAACUUAAUGAUAAAUUUGACACAUGUAUUUCCGAUAUUAAUUCUAUUUUCACUGAGAAGCUCGACAGAAUCAAUAAUGAUCUUAAUAGUAAACUUACUGCGGAAGCUGAAAAAAACGAGGCACGUGAUGAUGACUUCACUAAGGAGACGCAU